UUUUUAUUUUUCCUUUUAGUAAUGCACUUCAGUGAUGAUUACUGCACAGAUGUCAAACCUAGGAUCCUGUUAAUGGGACUGAGAAGAAGUGGAAAAUCUUCCAUCCAGAAAGUUGUCUUCCACAAAAUGUCACCUAAUGAAACACUCUUCCUAGAAAGUACCAACAAAAUUUGUCGGGAUGAUAUCGCCAACAGCUCUUUUGUUAAUUUUCAGAUCUGGGAUUUUCCUGGGCAGAUUGAUUUUUUUGAUCCAACAUUUGACUAUGAGAUGAUCUUCAGAGGGACUGGGGCUUUGAUAUUUGUGAUUGAUGCUCAGGAUGAUUACGUGGAGGCUUUGGCCAGACUGCAUCUCACAGUUUCCAGGGCAUUCAAAGUAAAUAAGGAAAUCAAUUUUGAAGUUUUCAUCCAUAAAGUAGAUGGUUUAUCUGAUGAUCACAAGAUAGAAACACAAAGAGAUGUUCACCAACGAGCAAAUGAUGACCUUGCAGAUGCUGGCUUGGAAAAAAUUCACCUCAGUUUCUAUUUGACAAGUAUUUAUGACCAUUCAAUAUUUGAAGCAUUUAGCAAAGUGGUGCAGAAACUGAUUCCCCAGCUUCCAACUUUAGAGAAUCUUCUAAACAUCUUCAUUUCAAAUUCAGGAAUUGAAAAAGCCUUCCUCUUUGAUGUAGUCAGCAAAAUCUACAUUGCAACAGACAGUAUACCAGUAGAUAUGCAGACUUAUGAACUCUGCUGUGACAUGAUAGAUGUUGUAUUUGACAUAUCCUGCAUAUACGGGCUUCGAGAAUUUGGUGGAGGAAGUACAUAUGAUAAAGAAUCCGUAGCAAUCAUAAAACUGAACAACACAACAGUUUUGUAUCUAAAAGAGGUGACAAAAUUCCUUGGCCUAGUUUGCUUUCUUAGGGAAGAAAGUUUUGAGCGGAAAGGUUUGAUAGACUACAAUUUUCAUUGUUUCCGUAAAGCAAUUCAUGAGAUUUUUGAAGUUCGUACAACCAUGCUCAGGUGCCACAAACAGCACAGAGGACUGCAACGAAGCAAACUGGGAACUCCCAAUGGCACACUUGGACUUCAGUCAUAAUGACUGCCAUGCUCACAGUGUUUCUGGUAGCAUAUUCAGUAAUGUUUAGUAGAUGUACUGUGAGAACAAUGCACUGAUAUGCAUGAAGAUAAUGCUCAGGAUAUUAAAGCUGAUAAAUAGCUCUAAAGCAAGCACUUUGUAAAAUGUACUGUAUAUACUCGAGUAAAAGUCAAUCUCAUGUAAAAGUCAACCCCUUAUUUUUGGCCAAAAAUCUGUAAUUUUUCCAUAUAUAUCAUGUAAAAGUCGACCCUAGUUCUUCACAUAAUUCACACUGACAUAAAGCUUCAGAUUUCUUCAGUUCAUUAUUGAUCGAGCACUAUAAUUAGUAUUCACUUUUUGUAUGGCUGUUCCACUCCACUCUGGGACUCCAGUCUGCUGGUCGUCCUGCUUUGUUCUGCCGGCUAUCCUGCUUUGGUCUGGGAUUCCAGUCCAGCCCUCGGCUGCACUGAUGAUGUCACUGCUGCUCCAAGGUAAGGUUUUUCAAUUAUAAAAAAUGGAAUACUUACUAAUCAUUUUAUUUUCUAUUCUCUUUAUCCAGUAAUUACUAUAAUUCAUUGUGUCUUUUUAAAAAUUUGUUUAGAGAUCAACUGGGCUUCUAAUGAUACAGUGAAUUUUGACAGGCAUGAAUUUCAGUCACUCAAAAGUAGUAUCCACAUAAUAGUCGCCCCCAUAAAUUUAACCUUUAAAUAUAGUCUAAAAAAUCUGACUCUGACACGAGUAUAUACGGUAUAUCUUUCUUUAGCAGUUGCUGAAAACCAGUAUUAUUAUAUGUAACUCCUAUGUAUUACAAAUCACUUUGUGGUUUGUAGCAGUUCAGUUCAGAAUAAAUUAAAUUCUCCACA